CUCUCAGUGAUAAAAGCAGGAGAAAAAUUUACGUGAUAAGAACUUCAUUCUCAACUACAAAUUUAUUCAUCUGUAUUUAAUUCAAAAGUGGAAUUUCGCUCUGUCCCCGCGUUAACGAACAAACUGCAUUAGCUGCUUUCAAAGAGUCCUAUCACCCCGAUCUGUCGGACACCCCAAACAUGCGUUCACCGCUAUUGACUAUUCGCGCAACCAGCAGGUUUAUAUCCAACAACUUGUGUAUGUAUCAGCAACUAGCUAUCACGACCGGUUGCCCGGACCGAGACGUGUUGAACGAUUGGCAGCCGCAAUCGGUGACGAUGUGGUGGGAACGACGCGUGUCCCGAGUGAUGUAUAAAGAGUCUCGUCGCGAUCGUCGCCAACUACUCUGACAUCGUCGACCGACUCUGUUUUGGUCACGAAAAAAUCGCCUUCGUAUCGUUCAAUGCGACACGAUCUCUGAACGAUUUCCCGGAGUAUCAAAGUGUAUCGAGUGUAUGAAGUGUAUUAGUCACGCAAGAUUCCCCAUCGAAUAUUCUGUGAUAAAGAACAACAUCGGUGAAUCAUUUGAAUCAAAGUGGCGGUGAAUUUCAUGUGAAAAAUCGGCGCUUCCCUUGCUCCCGUGGGAAAGGAUUGAAUAAUGCCAACUUGCACCUGCCAGAAUAGGACUCUGAACGAGUCGGGGGAGCACGUUUGCUCCUUGAAACCACCGAUGGAGAAGGACAAGACCAAAGAGACCAGGGAAUACGUCAGUCCGGUCAGGUACAGCGAUGGCUCCGUACGAUUACGGAAUCCCAAUAUCGAGCUCAUGGAUCAGGAUAUAUUGUAUCAUCUCGCGCUCGGCAGCGGUUCCCAUGAUCUCGUUGAAAUGUUCGGCGACGUCAAAUUCGUCUGUAUGGGUGGCACACCGAAACGGAUGGAAAAUUUUGCCAACUACAUUAUGAAGGAGAUUGGUCACAAGCUGCCAGCAGGAACGACUCUUCUCGACAUCACUAAGAACUCUUACCGCUAUUCUAUGUACAAAGUCGGCCCGGUUCUCUCUAUCAGCCAUGGUAUGGGCGUACCUUCAGUUAGCAUCCUUCUUCACGAAGUUAUCAAACUGAUGUACCAUGCGAGAGUGAGGGAUCCAAUUUUCUUCAGGAUCGGAACUUGCGGUGGUAUUGGCUAUGAAGGUGGUACGGUGGUUAUUUCGGAGGAAGCCGUGGACGAAACGAUGAAACCUCAAAUGGAACUGACGGUACUCGGGAAGCUGCUGCGCAGGCCGGCCAAACUCGAUCGGCAGCUGGCUCGCGAUCUUAAAGCCCUGGCCCAUCGCGACGAUCCCUACGAUACCAUAAUCGGCAAGACCAUGUGCUCCAACGACUUCUAUGAGGGUCAGGGUCGUCUGGACGGCGCGUUUUGCGAGUUUUCGGAGGCCGACAAGAUGGAGUAUCUCACCAAGCUACAGAAAGCCGGCGUAGUGAACAUCGAAAUGGAGAGCAUUUGUUUCGCCGCUCUGACACAUCAUGCCGGCAUCCAGGCCGCCGUUGUGUGCGUGACACUAAUGGAUCGACUCAAAGGCGACCAGGUUCUGGCACCCAAGGAAGUAUUAGAAGAAUGGCAGUUGCGACCGCAGACGUUGAUCGCUCGUUACAUCACCUCGUACCUUCAACGAAAGGGUCGUCUCUCACUCGAAGGGUCACACGGUUCCAUGUACGUGAAAAGUCCGCGUCGUUUCAAACUGGUACAGCAGGAAUCUGAGAAUUACGAUUAAAGUUAUUCAUCGCAACGCGAGUUCGAAAUCUAUGAAGAUUUCUCGGGAUCACGAUAUGAUCGGACACAUUGGCUCGAUUUUAAAAUCGACGAUCGCAAUUAAUUUAUGUCGCAAACGAUCAUAUUUACUUAUUUAUUUGCGAGAAAAUAAUUUUACUUGCAAGAAGAGUCGCGUAGCAAGUGACGUAUGAAAAUGGCAUAUUUGAAUAUUCAAAUUUUUCUUAAUACUUGAUAAAAUUCUUGAUUAAAGUACUUAAAAUUCUUUUUAUCCGACAAGAGAAUAUUUGAAUACAAAUGGCUUGCAUAGCUAAAUAGUACAUUCUUUUUUAAUAUUUAAUUUACUUGAAAUCAAAUGCAAUUUAUUUAAUUUCCUUGCAUUUUGCGAAUUAUUAAUAGUAAUUUUAUCCAGGAAUUAUAUAAUUUUUUGAGAAAGCCAUUGUUAUGUGCGAUAAUAAGACGAUGAUUCCUGAAAUUCGUGAGAGUAUUAACGAUUUUCAACAUUGUCAAAGCGACAGCCAAAGUUUCACCGUUUAUUUCGUGCGGUGAUCCAAGUACAAAGUGUGCAGAAAUUUAUAAACUGCGCUCGAACGAGAUAACCAAGCACAUUUUUCACAAAUACAUAUCUUUUAAGAUCAAUUUUGCAUCUUCUUUGAUUAACACGCGAUAACAAAUAAAUAUAUCUUAUAUCUUAUAAUCUGCGAUAUCAAAAUGAAAUCGUAAAUUAAAGUUUUAUCUACAAAAUUAUUUUUAAAAAAUAUCAAAAAUGACACUGAAUCUCAGAUAUUAAAACUACAGUAUCAUAAGGAAAUAAAAUAAUUAGAAAGAGUUAAUCAAAAUUACGAUGCAAUUGGUCGCGUAGAGAUUUAAUUUUAGAAUUCACAGGGAAGCAAGAACCGUACAGCAAGUUCGCAUAUUCGCCGAUUAAAUAUACGAAGAUUUUUUUUCUUUUAUUAUACUCUAAACGAAUGACGAUAAU